AUGCGACCCGUAACCUCAGCGGCCUUCGCCGCUCUCAUCGCUCUCGCGACCGCUCACGACUCUAUGGACAUGGACAUGGCGCACAACGCGCCCGAACCGACUCCAGCAACCCAUACUCCCGACGGUCCGAUCAGCUAUUUUGCCUAUAGAAAGCAUUCCAGCUCCAUUAUAGCCCAUAUCGCUCUUAUGGUAGCGGCGUGGUGUUUCGUUCUUCCUAUUGCUGUCAUACUCAGUAUCGCACGCUCCAAACUCGCGCUCCUAUCCCAGUUCUUGUUUAUGGUGGUUAAUGCCUCCGGUCUCCUUUUUGGAAUCAUCUACAAUGAUCAGACACCAGAUCUCUACGUUAACAACGCUCAUCAUAAGCUUGGGUGGGCUGCUAGCUGUGUUGUUGGCGCUCAGGUCAUUUUGGCUUUGUUACUCACUUAUGCUGGACGUGGGGAUGUCGGUUCUACUGCGACCUAUGAACAUAAUCAUGCUGCCUUUCUGCCCGUUUCAACGGAUGAUCAUGAUGACCAAUACCGGGUGCAUCAGCAUCGCUGGUCGAGGGACAGUGGACAGGAGACUGAUAGUAAUUCGUCGAUCCAUAGUCCCAGAUCGCCUUCCGAGUCGCACGCUGAUUAUGAUGGCUUUGAGAAGCCCGAGUUGCCCAAGUUUGUGACUCUGGGCCUGCACGAAAAUGCUGUCAGUCGAUUCCUCUCCAAGCGACUGCUUGGUUUGAUGCCUCGUUCGGCUCUCCGGGGCUUGAACCUUGUCUAUAAUAUCGUCGAUCGGGUUGUUCUUCCCCUUGGAUUUGCUGCCAUUGCGACUGGCGCUGUCACCUAUGGCGGUAUCAUGCGAGGACGUGAUGUCUUCAACGGACUUGCGCACUUCAUCAAGGGUGGCAUCUUUUUCUGGUAUGGUGUUCUCACUCUGGGACGCUAUAUUGGCUGCUGGGCGGAUCUCGGCUGGGCAUGGAACAAGAAACCCCCUGCGUCUGUUGUCGGCUGGAAGGCCAAAGUCCCUUCCGGCGAAGCGAUGGAAUCCUUUGUCAUUUUCCUGUAUGGUGUGACGAAUGUCUUCUUGGAACAUUUGUCCAACGCGGGCCAGGCUUGGUCAUCUACCGAUAUCGAGCACGCUUCGAUCUCUGUGCUGUUCUUCGGCGGUGGCCUGGCUGGCAUGCUUUUUGAAUCCACCUGCAUUCGUGGCUGGCUGAAUAGUACCGUCCUUGAAGCCUCUGCUCAUCAAACCUCGGACGAAGCCUGGCAGCCCCCCAAAUCCCAGCGUCUGUCCUUGAAUCCAAUGCCGGCUUUGGUCAUCCUGCUGCUGGGUAUGCUGAUGGGAUCGCACCAUCAAGAUAGUAUGACAUCGACCAUGGUGCACAAACAGUGGGGUAACAUGAUGGUUGGGUUUGCGUUGGCACGGGGCAUGACAUACGUCCUGCUAUAUCUCAAACCACCGACCUCGUACCUCCCGGCACGCCCUCCAACUGAAAUAAUUGCUGCAUUCUGUUUGAUCUCCGGAGGUCUUAUUUUCAUGUUGAGUACACGCAAUGUAAUUGAAGCGAUGGAACAUUAUCAGUUGGAUGCUAUGUUCACCUUCACCGUCGGUCUGGGCUUCAGCGCUUUCAUCAUGGCGUACGAAGUCUUGAUUAUUGCUCUCAAGGCCUGUACCGUCAAGCGUAUCCAGCGCCCACGACUCAAACCCCGUUUCCCGUGA